AUGAGUUCUACUAUGAGUUCUGAUGACUGGGAAAACUUCUCAAACAAUCUAGCCACAGACUUGGCUCCCUUGAUCACUCUGUUUGGCGAGCAGAUCACCAAGCAAUUUCUUUCCGAGUCGAUCAGCCUCCUCGACAACAUCAUCUUCGCACUCUCCCCACUUGGAGUCUUGACUGCUGUUGUAUCUGUGAUAAGGGUAUGCGGUAGCUCUUCUUUACGAGCAUUCAUUGGCAGAGCACAGGAGGGCCCAGCAGAAGCCGAGAAUGAACUUCUGCCAUGCGUAUCAGAGUCCACGGCUGAACUUUUCAACGAUGGUGGUAUCUCUCGAGUCUUUGGCCGGCCAAAGAUCGUGGAGAUUGUGGCUUGGGAAUCUAAAGAUGAGAAUACUGGUCACAUUUCCGUCAAAAUCGGGACCUUGAGGGAUGCACUGAAUUGUGGCGCUUGGUCUGCGGAGGGAUCAGGUCUUUCGCGCGAUGCUAUAAGUGAUCCUACCAUGCUUCCAGAACUGGAUAUCCCAAAUCUUUCUUUGAAUAAAGGUAUAAAAAGAAGGAACCAAAUCUGGUUCUAUUGUACUGCCGUCAUUGGCGCUGCUUUGCAAGUCGGAGUUAUAAUUUUUGCAGCAAUCACAGUCUUUGUGUUUCCUGAGUCUUUUCAGACAGAUAAAAAAGCCGUACCAAGCUAUGCUUUUCCACUGUAUCUCAUCGGAACAGUUUUCCUGUUCAUGGGAAUGCUUUACUGCGCAAUCAUCAUCGAGCGCUCGUCAAAAGAAUACAAGUUCAAGCCAACUUGUCCAAGCAAGCUGUUAUGGCUUCAAUCAGGUAACCAGGAUGUGGGAGACCAGGUUUUUAAUUCAUUCUUGGCCGUCAAAGAAGGUCCUAAAUCCUGCAUGACAACAAGACUCCAGUAUAUCAAGUCUGUUCGAGUGCCGAAGUACAAUGGAAGAUACUUGGAAAUUUACUCAACUUUAUUUUUCACAAUGGUUGGCUUCAUCUUCCAAUUCAUCGGUGAAAGAGGACUCCAUGCCUCGGUUAUUCUCUCACAGUUAGGAUGUACAUUACUGAUGUCUAUCUUGAGAACAUGCCUACGAACAGAGAGGAUGAAGUCAGAUGAAAACAAGAUCAGAGGCGAGCGAGAGCUUUUGUCCCAAAGGAACCAAGAGCUGGAAUCCUUUGCAUUCUAUCUUGAAAAUGUGACUUCCUUUACACUGGUCUCGCCUAUGCAAUCGACUCAAAGCAGCUACAUCCCUGUGCCUAGAGAUGGAUCAAAAGCGAAAGCAUUGAUCGAAACAAGAGUCCGGCUGGCCGAAAUUACCUCUAAUACUAAGAACAGCCCAAGCAUGCCCUGGGACCACAUUCCAAUCCGCCGUGUCGCUCAAAACCUCGCCAGUGCGCUCCAAGAAACAAUAGAACUGGUAUCAAGUUGGGGAGCCAACUUUGGAGAAGCCUUCACGUUCCACUUGCAAGUAGAUUGUGACUGGGAGACCGAAAACAGACCCUGUCAUUCCCGAGAAAAAUAUCCAAUAGAAAUCUCUCGGGGUAGUGAUACGCUACAAUGGAAGAUGAAUGUUAACCAGUUAGAAGCCGUCCUUGGUUUGUGGAUCUGGUCGCUAUGCAAGUCAAGCCAGGAAUGGCAUCGCUCAAAGCUCAACAGACUUGUUGGGCUGACUCAUGAGGAAGCAAGCAAGGAAGAAACAGAUGCUUAUUUCUACAAGUGGAUUUUCCGUCAAACCGAGGCCAAAAUGGCUGCAUCGAGCAGCCUCAAUUCACCAUCUCAGCUUUUUGGUCCUGAUUCGGACAAAUUACCCUGUGACCUUCUCAUGGUCCAGACAGACAACAGUCUGGAAGUCAUGGCGGCCCAAGACCUCUACAGUCAUUUCCUCGGGGAUAUUCUGAAUCGACUGAAAGGGCUCAAUGACGAGGUACGGGUUGUCAUAGGGGCACAAAACUCAUUCAUGACCCAGAGCGAUAGAAUCGAUGAUCUUGUGCGUUUGUUUGAGACAAACAAACUAGGGUCUCGAGAAGAUGCCCUGCUUUGCAUCGUUCCAAAUAUGAAACUUAACGGCCACCUUCCUGAGUUAGCAGCAAACUCUACCAACGUUAAGAAGUGCAUUGAUGACCACAUCAAGAAGAAUGAGUGGAAAGAAGCUCUUCUUCUCGCACGUUGGAUUAGUGAGCGCUCGGUGGGGUCGGAAUUUGAACACUCUGUGUAUGAGCUGGGCAAUAUAUGCCGACGGGCUAUGUUAGAAGGCAAUCGCAGUGCCCAGGAAGUAGCUCUUGAACAGUGCAAAGAUCUUCUCUCAUCAGACGUCAGAGCAAAGUUCUUUGCCUCCCCAAGACGUCAGCGUCCCAGUGGCUGGAUGCAGUCUGAUGAAUCCGAGAAAUGGUGGCGCAAUUUCUCGAUGCAGCUAGGCUGGGUGCUAUGGGGAAUUUCCCAGAAUGCACCACAAGCACGGUGGUUAGAAUCAUCCCUUGAGGCUCUUAGUGUGCCCAGGAAAUUGGAGUCUACAAAAGACACUGAACAAGACACUGAAAUUUGCGAACACAUUCUACAGAGAUGGUUAACCUAUACCGAGGAUGAUAUUAAGUUUGACCAUGAGCCUCUAGGCGAUGAAGACCAGCAUAUUUACAAAUGGGCUUUGGAAAGCGAGAGAUAUGCGAUACUGUACUUCUUUUUAACCAAGUGGGCACAAUUAAGUUCCGGAGCAUCAACAGCCGCUCAGCUUGGCUAUUUGAUUGCCUCUGAAAAUCGUUCCGAAUGGGUCAUGAAGGUAUUGAUACGCUAUCACGUGGACAUCGACGCGAGGGACUUUUAUGGCCUUUCGGCGCUCCUGAACCGAGCCAGGGCCAAUGAUACAGAAGGAGUUCGACUUCUUCUCGCAAAUGGUGCCGCUAUCAACGGUUUUAAUCAGUCUGCAAGGCCGAUUGAUGUAGCAGCCUAUGAAGGGCACAAUGAUAUGAUUGAGCUUCUACUUGACAAAGGGGCAGAGAUCGAGAACUCAAUACCAGGUACCAGUUCAGCAUUGGACUGGGCUUGUGAUAAUGGGCAGAUCCAUACUGUACAGUGGCUUCUAGAUCAUGGAGCAUAUGUGAACUCACUUGGAAUAGGUGGACGGGCACCACUUCACUCUGCUGUGCAAAGCCAAAGUCUGGAAUUGGUCAAAGUACUUAUAAAAGCAGGGGCCAAGCUCAAUUUAAUAGAUAAUAGCAGCAAUACUCCAUUGUCCUUGGCAGCGGCAUUGACUGAUAUGGAGAUCCUACGGUUUUUGGUUGCUUCAGGUGCUGACCUAGAGCUAGCAACUCACUUCGAGAGGAACGAGUUGGAGAUGGCUCGGCAAUGGGGAAGGUUAGAUGCAGCUGCCAUAAUGGAAGAAGAGCUGCAACGCAGACAAGAUGAACCAGCCUUACCGGCUCUUCAUGAAGAUUAG